CAUAAAAAGAUAAGUCCCGGAUGUGAACUAGGUGAAUACAGGUGGUUGAUAACGGGUGUAAACCGACGUCUUAACGAUCCGGCACAGACGGUCUACAGACAUGGGCUGGUGGGCGGUGUAUUGGUGCCUAGUUUUGGAAGUGCUUCUGCUGACGUCACUGUCGUCUGCUGCUAAAAAUUACGUAAUAACAGAAGGACAGGGAUCACUGACCGUUCAAAUCAAUGACGUCACGGUAUUGAACCACACCCUGCAGUCACCUGCGUUUUAUGUUGGACAGGGAAGGACAGUUUUUGUGGAAGCCUUAGGGAACUUCCAUGUGAGAAACUACAUACAAGAAAAAAUCGCACUACGGAGAAUUUCAAAUAUCCAGAAAACAAAUACCUCGGACGUUUAUAACUUCACAGAUGGCGGAAUUUACACAGUUCAGGUUACUUUUGAGACAAAGCUCGACCAGGACCUAGUCGUAUCGUUUAAAAAAGUCGGUCACAAUUACACCCACACCUGGGUGGUCCUGGCGGCCUCCCCCUCAGACAAAAUCUACGGCGGGGGUGAGCAGUUCACCCACCUUAACCUGAGGGAGAGGACCUACAACUCGUUGGAGUUCUUCUCUUCCCUACGCUCCGACGACCUCACCUACCCAAUAUGGACGCGAGAGCAAGGUGUUGGGCGAGACAAGAGGACCAACACCACGUUCUUUGCCGACCUCCAGACGGGGGGUGGGGGAGACUUCGCCACCACCUACUUCCCCCAGCCCACCUUCAUCACGUCCAGGAAGUACUACUUUCACUUCACCACCACCAGCUACAUGGUCUUUGACUUCAGCUUGCCGACCUUUCACCAAGUGUUCAUCAAUGGAGACUUCGGUGACAUCUACUUCAAAUCCUCGCCAUCUUUUCAGCCGUUGGUAGGAAACCUGUCGUCCUUGUUUGGACGAAUGCCAAAACUUCCUCCAUGGGUGUAUGAUGGUAUCAUCAUGGGAGUCCAGGGAGGGACUGACGUCAUGAUGAAAAGGUACCAGCAAGCCAAGGCCGAGGGUGUCAACAUCCGGGGUCUGUGGAUCCAGGACUGGUCGGGGAUCAUCAGAACUUCGUUUGGCCAAAGAGUGUUCUGGAACUGGCAAUGGAAUGCCACGAGGUACCCAGAUUUAGACAAGAAAAUCAAGGAACUGAAGCAGGAUGGCGUGAGGGUCACUGUGUAUAUGAACCCCAAUCUUAACAACCAAGGCCCUCUCUUCAAGGAGGCAGAGAAGAAUGAUUACCUCGUCAAAAACAGGACCGGUCAGACCUAUCUCUUUAACUUUGGCGAAUUCUUCUGUGGGAUCGUGGACCUCACCAAUGGCGCCGCCUACAACUGGUACAAAGACCAAAUCAAGAGGAAUAUAAUAGACCUUGGUAUUGGCGGGUGGAUGGCAGAUUUCGGGGAGUACCUUCCUGUCGAUGCCAUUCUGAUGGGAGGCUCUGGGGCAAUGUUCCACAAUCACUGGCCGGUUCUGUGGGCCAAGUUAAAUCGGGAGGCUGUCCAGGAGUCGGGAAAGGAGGGGGAGGUGGUGUUCUGGAUGCGGGCUGGACAUACAGGUACUUCAAAAUUCACGACCUUGAUGUGGCUUGGUGACCAGAACGUGGAUUGGAGCGAGGGUGACGGCCUCCCCUCCGUGGUCCCCUCGGCCCUGUCCUCGGGUCUCUGUGGGAUAGGUAUGACCCACAUUGACAUCGGUCUGUACACCACGUUUGGGGCCUUGGGUCUGAAAAGGUCGGCGGAGUUACUGCUCAGGUCUGCUGAAAUGGCCGUGUUCUCGCCAGUAAUGAGGACUCACGAAGGCAAUCAGCCGGGUUACAAUGUUCAGAUGUACACUUCUGUCACCAUUCUUCGUCUGUUCAAGCGUUUGGUUGAUCAGCACAAAGCGUUGUCCAACUACACGUCUGCCGCCAUGGAUGAUUACGUCACUUCCGGUCUCCCGCUUCAAAGACCCUUGUUUCUCAUGUAUCCAGGGGAUCAAAAGACAUUUGAUAUAAAGUACCAAUAUAUGUAUGGCGCCGAUAUACUUGUAGCCCCCGUUAUUCACCCAAAUGUCGUGAAAAAAGACGUAUACCUUCCAAAUGAUAAGUGGAUUUAUCUGUGGAAUAAAACUGACAUGAACCCAGGGAUGGUGACUGUAAAUGCACCUAUUGGUUUACCUCCCGUGUUUGUUCGAAAGGACAGCUCUUUCAGAGAUGACAUAUUGUCUCUGGCAGACUAUAAAUACAUUCCGUUUGACCCGUCCCCUCCUAACAAUGUUUCAAACGAUUCUUCUUUUGUAGACAUUUUAUCUUCCGUUAUAUUAGUUGCUUUUUGUACGUUGUUUGCUCUUAGAAGCACAGGUUUGUAAAGUUUGAUCAUAGUUGAUCGCGAGCCACUAAAAUUGCUUCAAAGGCAUGACUGCACUUGUUUCAUUUUAAGUAUUAUUUCAUAAAAGGCAUGCGAUAUUCAGAGGCUUAUACUCAUCAAUGUUGUGCGUGUGGAUAUGGCAUAUACACUGUAUAUUAGGAAUUUUAUCAUAUAUUCUAAAAAACAAUCCCGUCACAAAAACUACACAGCUCCUUAUUCAUUGGUCCCUUUAUUGAAUUGAAAAUUCAAAAUCAAGUAUUAACCUGGUGGAUCCAUUAGAAUGAACAAGACCUUGGACUUUCAGAAGGAUGUAACUAUCUAUUUCUUGCGUCAAAACAAGUUAAAAUGACGCUGGUUUCAAGUGAAAUCUACACCGAUUGCGUAGUCUUCGCUCAAAAUCCAGACAUAUCCUGGUUGAGUGGCCUAUAAUGAAAUAGACAGGCCUUCGUCACAUGGCGUUUGACACAACAAUACUUAAAGUCCAAACUCUUUUUAAAAUGGUUCUAUUUGUCCAGUGAAAUAAAAUUAAUGAAAAAUCAUAAAAAGAUGCUCAUCUUAA